AGAAAAUUAUAAAUAAAUACAUUAAAAAGCCACAGAAAGUCGCAAACUGUUAUUAGACUAACUGCCGCACAAAGGUUGCCUUGGGUGGAACCAAAAAUUACUAUCAAACAACGCCCAUUUGCAAUCGAAUUGAUAUAAUUUUUCUUUUCUUUAUAUUGUCCCGAUUACAACUACAAAUAAAAGUGUACAAAGUGUGAGAGCAUAAUACACGAAAAAAAAAGAAAAGAAAAACGUAUUAAGAACGGCGGCGCGCAAGGAUUAUUGGAUUUUACCUAACACAGACACACAGGCAUCCCAAUCGGUUGGAGUAGGAGGACCAAAAUAUUUAAAAACACAACAAAAUGGGUGCAAGGGAAGACGAAUACGAUUAUCUUUUCAAAGUUGUGCUUAUCGGUGACUCUGGCGUCGGUAAAAGUAAUUUGCUGUCACGUUUCACGCGCAAUGAAUUCAAUUUGGAGUCCAAGUCCACAAUUGGAGUGGAGUUUGCAACGCGCAGCAUAGAGGUCGACGGAAAAACAAUUAAGGCGCAAAUUUGGGAUACGGCCGGCCAGGAGCGUUAUAGAGCCAUCACCUCUGCAUAUUAUCGCGGUGCUGUUGGGGCGCUGCUUGUCUACGACAUUGCCAAGCAUUUGACGUACGAGAACGUAGAGCGAUGGCUCCGGGAGCUGCGCGACCAUGCCGAUCAGAAUAUUGUAAUUAUGCUGGUGGGCAAUAAGUCCGAUUUGCGGCACUUGCGCUCGGUCCCGACGGAUGAGGCGAAACUGUUUGCGGAGCGCAACGGUUUAAGUUUCAUAGAAACAUCGGCUCUGGACUCGACAAACGUUGAAACCGCAUUCCAAAAUAUACUCACAGAGAUCUAUCGCAUUGUGUCGCAGAAACAAAUUAGAGACCCGCCUGAAGGCGAUGUGAUUCGCCCCUCGAAUGUGGAGCCCAUCGACGUAAAGCCGACUGUCACAGCUGAUGUUCGUAAGCAGUGCUGUCAGUGACCGCCCCAAGGAUUCGCCGCGGCAGCAGCAGCCCCCCGCAGCAACAGCCAGAACAGCAAUAGCAAGAGCAACAACAAUUACAACUACAACAACGGCAUAAGAUGUUAUUUUUUAAACCACAGCCACAAGCAGUUUGUCAUAUAUGCAUAAAAAUAAUAAUAAUAACACCAACCGCAACAUCAACAUCCGGCUGUAGUUAACUGCAGUUUAAACUGAAGUUUUAUAUAUAAACAUAUGAAUAAUAUAUUGCAGAAAGCUUCAAUGGCUCUUCGACAUCUGAAGAAAAAAAUAGGAAAGAAAAAGCGAAACACUAAAACACUCCAAAUUCAGUUUAAGCUGUAGCUGUAACUAUAAUUUAUAUAAAUAUACAUAAAUGCUAAUAUUAAAAAUAUUAAUAUUAAUACUUUUCGCAACA